GGGACGUUAGCGCCAUUGUGUGACCGAAGCAGAAAGCAAGGCUCUGCCGGGGCUCAUUUCGCCGCUUCACCACCCGGCUUGUCUUUUUUUGGGAUCUUAACUGCAAUGGCGGAACAGCAGCAGCAGCAGUUCUACCUCUUGCUGGGCAACCUGAUGAGCCCUGACAACAACAUCAGGAAGCAAUCAGAGGAGGCUUAUGACACCAUCGUGGGCCAGACCAAGAUCACAUUCUUGCUGCAGGCCAUCCGAGAUGCAUCUGCUGCAGAAGAGGUCAAACAGAUGGCGGCAGUGCUGCUGCGGCGUCUGCUGUCCUCGUCCUUUGAGGAUAUCUACCCGGGUCUGACCCUGGAGAUGCAAACUGUCAUCAAGACGGAGCUGCUGACCAGCAUCCAGACUGAGACCUCGCCCAACAUCCGCAAGAAGGUCUGCGACAUCGCGGCAGAGCUCACGCGCAACCUCAUAGAUGACGAUGGGAACAACCAGUGGCCAGAGGUCCUCAAGUUUCUGUUUGACUCUGUAAACUCUGACAGUGUCAGCCUGCGAGAAUCUGCCCUGCACAUAUUCUGGAACUUCCCAGGAAUCUUCGGCAACCAGCAGCAGCAUUAUAUGGAGGUCAUCAAGCGCAUGCUGGUUCAGUGCAUGCAGGACCAGGAUAACCCACAUAUUCGCACCCUGGCUGCUCGGGCUGCAGCGUCCUUUGUUUUGUCAAAUGAAGGCAACACUGCCCUGCUGAAGCACUUCUCUGACCUGCUGCCAGGCAUCCUGCAGGCAGUGAACGAGUCGUGCUACCAGUCAGAUGACUCGGUGCUCAAGUCCUUAGUGGAAAUUGCAGACACUGCACCCAAAUACCUGAGACCCAACCUGGAGGCCACUCUGCAGCUCUGUCUGAAGCUGUGUGCAGACAGCAACCUGACAAACAUGCAGAGGCAGUUGGCGCUGGAGGUCAUUGUCACUUUAUCUGAGACUGCAGCAGCCAUGCUGAGGAAACACACAGCCAUUGUGGCUCAGAGUGUGCCCCAGAUGCUGGCUAUGAUGGUGGACCUGGAGGACGAUGACGAGUGGGCCAUGGCUGAUGAGCUGGAGGAUGAUGACUUUGACAGUAACGCUGUGGCUGGGGAGAGCGCUCUGGACAGAAUCGCCUGUGGUCUGGGAGGAAAGAUAAUCCUACCCAUGAUCAAACAGCACAUCAUGACGAUGCUGCAGAACCCUGACUGGAAGUACCGCCACGCCGGCCUGAUGGCGCUGUCGGCCAUCGGUGAGGGCUGCCACCAGCAGAUGGAGGCCAUCCUCCAGGAGAUCGUCAGCUUUGUCCUGCUCUUCUGCUCCGAUCCCCACCCAAGGGUACGAUAUGCUGCCUGCAACGCAAUUGGACAAAUGGCCACAGACUUUGCCCCGACCUUCCAAAAGAAAUUCCACGACAAGGUGAUCUCCGCUCUUCUUCAGACCAUGGAGGACCAGAGUAACCCACGGGUUCAGGCUCACGCUGCUGCCGCCCUCAUCAACUUCACAGAAGACUGUCCCAAAUCCCUGCUGAUCCCGUAUCUGGACAGCUUGGUGCAGCAUCUUCACGUCAUCAUGGUAGCCAAGCUGCAAGAGCUGAUCCAGAAGGGCACCAAACUGGUCCUGGAGCAGGUGGUGACGUCCAUCGCCUCUGUGGCCGACACUGCAGAAGAGAAGUUUGUGCCGUACUACGAUCUGUUCAUGCCCUCGCUCAAACACAUCGUGGAGAACGCCGUGCAGAAGGAGCUCCGGCUGCUGCGUGGAAAGACCAUCGAGUGCAUCAGCCUCAUUGGGCUCGCCGUUGGCAAGGAGAAGUUCAUGCCAGAUGCAUCAGCCGUCAUGCAGCUGCUCCUCAAAACCCAGACAGACUUCAAUGACCUGGAGGAUGACGAUCCUCAGAUCUCGUACAUGAUCUCAGCUUGGGCCAGGAUGUGUAAGAUCCUGGGGAAGGAGUUUCAACAGUACCUGCCUGUAGUGAUGGGCCCCCUGAUGAAGACUGCCUCCAUCAAGCCUGAAGUGGCCCUACUUGACACCCAGGACAUGGAGAGCAUAUCCGAGGAUGACGGCUGGGAGUUUGUGAACCUGGGAGACCAGCAGAGUUUCGGCAUCAAGACGGCCGGCCUGGAGGAGAAGGCCACAGCCUGCCAGAUGCUGGUGUGUUAUGCCAAAGAGCUGAAGGAGGGCUUUGUGGAGUACACAGAGCAGGUGGUGAAGCUGAUGGUCCCUCUACUCAAAUUCUACUUCCACGAUGGUGUGCGGGUGGCAGCAGCCGAGUCCAUGCCCCUGUUGCUUGAGUGUGCGAGAGUCCGAGGACCAGAGUACCUCACCCAGAUGUGGCACUUCAUGUGCGACGCUCUCAUCAAGGCCAUCGGCACCGAACCAGACUCAGACGUCCUGUCGGAAAUCAUGCACUCUUUCGCCAAGUGCAUUGAGUUGAUGGGAGACGGCUGCCUGAACAAUGAGCAUUUUGAAGAGCUGGGCGGCAUCUUAAAGGGAAAACUGGAGGAGCAUUAAAACCAGGAGCUCCGACAUGCAAAGAGACAGGAUGAAGAUUAUGAUGAGCAGGUGGAGGAAUCCUUACAAGAUGAGGAUGAGAACGACGUGUACAUCCUGACCAAAGUGUCGGACAUCCUGCACUCGGUGUUCAGUAGUUACAAAGAGAAGGUGCUUCCUUGGUUUGAGCAGCUUCUGCAGCUCAUCGUCCAGCUCAUAUGCACCAGCAGGCCGUGGGCGGACAGACAGUGGGGUCUGUGCAUCUUCGACGACGUGGUGGAGCACUGCAGCCCCGCCUCCUUCAAAUACGCUGAGUAUUUCCUGCGGCCGAUGCUGCAGUCGCUGUGUGACACGAGUCCUGAAGUUCGGCAAGCGGCAGCCUAUGGUGUCGGCGUCAUGGCUCAGUAUGGAGGAGAGAACUACCGCCCGUUCUGUACAGAGGCCAUCCCGCUGCUGGUCCGAGUCAUCCAGUCAGCCGACUCUCGCGUCAAGGAGAAUGUCAACGCCACGGAAAACUGCAUCUCCGCCGUAGGAAAGGUCAUGAGGUUUAGACCAGAGUGCGUUAACGUCAACGAGAUCCUUCCCCACUGGCUCAACUGGCUGCCUCUCAACGAGGACAAAGAGGAGGCCGUGCACACGUUCGACUUGUGUGACCUCAUUGAAAGCAACAAUCCCAUCGUCCUCGGACCAGAUAACGCCAACCUUCCCAAGAUUUUCCUCAUCAUCGCAGACGGAGUUGCAAACGAAUCAGUCAAGAGUGAAGACGCGUGCAGCAAACGGCUGGCAAAUGUGAUCCGUCAAGUACAGAUGUCGGGAGGACUAUGGACGCAGUGUGUAUCGACACUGAACGAGACGCAGCAGAAAGCCAUACAGGACCUACUGAAUACUGCCUGAAGCCCUGGUCACCUCCCCGCUCUUCAAAAAAAUAAAUCUCACGAAGAAAAGUUGAGCUCCUGGACCUCUUCCAUACACUCCCUCUUCUUCCUCCUGCUCUGAUCUGUAGUGUGUAUGGACGCCAGCUUCAAACCCCCCUCCCUCUCGCUAUCACCACCCCAACUAUCAUAUAACUCAACAUUCAGCCAAAUGGGGGAGCAGGUUGGAUAUUUAUGACAAUGGAGGACAUUGGCCAUCCACCUCAAAGACUUUCACCCUGUACCCAAGGAAGUGGGAACCAGAGUAAAGUGUCCCUGUCCCAUCGCAGUCUGAUAUCUGGACGUUUUGUUUCCAACCAUUCCCUGAUGUUUGACUUGUCUCUUCGUGCCCAGAGGGACUCAUUCUCCACGUCGCCCAAAACACAAACACAUUGGACAGUCAGGGGGCCAAUGUGGGGGGAAAUAGGGACAGGACAUUACUGUGGACUGAGCAAUUGAAUGCACACUUUGGGCGAUCACUGCCUGUCUCCUGUGAAAUUUACUUUUUGUAUUUUUAUUUUUUUCUCAGUUCGUGUUCCCAGUGUUACAUUGGGGGGGAAACAGCUUCUUGUCUGCUACUGCUUGGAGGGAUUGGUUUUAAAAAAUGAUAAGUAAUGGCAUGGUAAGUUGCUAGAAAACAUAGUUUGAAAAUCUAAUUUUUUUUUAAAGCAGCUUCCUUCCAUUAGCAUUCAAGAUCGCUGUUCAUUCUGGAGAUGAAAUGUUUGCUUAACGGUUCCCAGCCCUUUAGGUAGCAGUGUAUAAGUAAGGGGCUCUCAGAAAAUCAGAGCAAUAAAACUGUUGUUGGUCACAGCCACAUGGCACGUGAUGAGUUGGAGGAACAUGGCUUGUAGAGUAUUUGUAAAAUGCGUGUUACCAUACUCUUAACUUUAUGGUUUUGACCCUUUGCAGCCCUGCAGGUAUGUGAUGAAUUCUGGAAAAUACCAACAAUAAAGUUCCACUUGAAUUCUGA